ACGAGAUGCGCUUUUAUCCCUGUCAAGGCCCUCAUGCCAAAAUAAGGAUAAGAACACAUCUUGGGCAUUACAGUCCAGUUGGAGCUAAUGACCGGACGACUGAAGGAGGCAUAUAGCGCUAGUGAAGCCCUAGGGAAGAACAUUUGGAAUGUAUGUGAGCUCGGGAGCCGUUAUGAUGCCAUGGAUAAGAAGGUGUGGAAUGUGCGCCUCAGCCUCGAAGUCGAGAAAGACAAAAGCGUGCGCCUGGAGCACGAGAAGCGCUCACUGGAAGUUACCAUGAAAGAGGCCCUUGAGAAGAGGGACAAUGAACUGGCGUCCGCUUGGAAGGAAGCCAAUCAUAAGACCAAGGCGGCCGGCGGCAAGUUGAAGUCGGUCGCAAAACUGAAGGAAGAAAAGUAAACCUUGGAAACUGCCGCGAAGAAGUCCGCUGAGGAACUUGUUGUACUGAAGAAGCACUAUGCCGAGUGGGAAUCUAAGUUUAAGCAUAUCAUAGCCAAGAAGCUUGAACUGGAGCAGUUCAUUGAAGACUUUGGUAGGGACAUGAGCGAAAACCUUAAAUGUACGUCCCCGACCCGAGUGAUUCUCACAUUGUCUUGGCAACUUUCGAGUGAUAUUUGAUUUAUUUUGUCAAUUAAUUUUCCAUAUUUAUGCUUCAACAUCGACGAGGAGACUGAGAAGAUCGAGAGGGAAUUGGAUCCAUUGCGGGGGAUUCUCAGGGACAGCUCGGCUCCGUCCCUUCUCCGUUUGGAGGAUCGUAUCGAGCAGGUGCUCGUCCAUUUCAAGUGGCUCAGUUCAGCUAUCUCGGAGAUCAAUCGAGAAGUUUCCCCUGGCGAGGAAUUCUCAAAGGACUUGUAGGCCAUCAUCGACCAAGUGAAGGAGGUUGCCAGGGAGUGGACGAGGAGAAGAUGAACAACCUCAAUGUCGCCAAUAGGAAAAACGCCAAGUUUGAGGACUUCAUGGAGAUCUUCAUGGAGGCUGCCACUCGGAUCGCACACGGGAUCGACAUCGACACUUUCCUUGAAGAUGUGGUUCCAUUGUCCUCCGAGUGAUCCUCGAAUAGAAGAGUUUAAAUUUGAUUUGCCUAAGUAUGCCGAGUGGUUAAUGCAACCUUAAACUCUAAGUAAAGCUCAUGUAAUUUCAUAAUAUCCUGCUGCAUCCUUGAUUUAA